GCCACCACUUUUGACUUGUUCUGUGUCAGACUACACACCAGUCAGUUGCUGAUGCUUAACUUGUUAUUUUCUAUCAUUGUCUUCCUUCUUCAAAUAUUACAACAUUGGAUGCAUAGAAAAGUUUCUGGAUUAGGGCAGAAUUAACACAAAGCGGCGACGCCACUCCAGCGACAUUCCCAAACAACACUUGAAGAGCCAGUGGAGGGACAUCGACUGAGAGAGUGACGCUACAGGGUGAAGACACUCGAACGAACGCCACCUCAGAAAAAACUCCAAACUCUUGAUAGUGAGGGGCAGACAGGUCCACCCGAGUGAGGGCGGGAGCAUCAGAGAGGCAGGGAUCUUUGGCCACAAGGUCCUGAAGGAUGGAAGACAAGCAGGUUGCAGGGAUCCUGGACCUGAAAGGCAAGGUGUGAAUGACGGAACCUACAGGGUCCAGCUGAGUAGCACCACUGGAUCACAGCAUCACAUCAUGUCUGAAUCGAACACCAUUGCUGCUUCCACUGCAGAUCAGAAUGGAGCAGUUCCAGGUGAGCCGGUAAAAAAGGAUGAAAACUCCCGGAGAGGGAACUGGGGGAACCAAAUUGAGUUUGUCCUUACGAGUGUUGGCUAUGCUGUGGGCCUGGGCAAUGUUUGGAGGUUUCCCUACCUCUGCUACAGAAAUGGAGGAGGUGCCUUCAUGCUACCAUAUUUUAUCAUGUUGGUGUUCUGUGGCAUUCCACUCUUCUUCCUUGAGUUGUCCUUCGGGCAGUUUGCCAGCCAAGGGUGUCUGGGAGUCUGGAAGAUUAGUCCAAUGUUCAAAGGUGUUGGCUAUGGCAUGAUGGUGGUGUCGACCUAUAUUGGGAUCUAUUACAAUGUGGUUAUUUGCAUUGCCUUCUACUACUUUUUCACAUCCAUGACAAACUUAUUGCCAUGGACAUACUGCAACAAUCCCUGGAAUACGCCUGACUGCACCGGUGUGGUGUCCCAUAGCAACGCCAGCGUGGCUAAUGUCACUCGCAGUAUGGUGGAAGGGGUCAGUGAGAUAGUGAACCGCACCAAAAGAACCAGCCCCAGUGAAGAAUACUGGAAACACUAUGUGCUGGACAUCUCUGAUGGCAUUGGAAACUUUGGAGAAGUGCGACUUCCCAUCCUGGGCUGCUUGGCUGUGUCCUGGGUAGUCGUCUUCCUCUGCCUCAUCAGGGGCGUCAAAUCCUCUGGAAAGGUGGUGUACUUUACAGCCACAUUCCCAUAUGUUGUUUUGACCAUCUUGUUUAUCCGUGGGAUUACCCUGGAUGGAGCCAUUGAUGGCAUCAUGUAUUACUUGACUCCUCAGUGGCAAAAGGUCCUGGAUGCAAAGGUGUGGGGAGAUGCUGCAUCACAGAUUUUCUACUCCCUGGGAUGUGCUUGGGGUGGUCUGAUUACCAUGGCUUCUUACAACAAGUUCCACAACAAUUGUUUCAGAGACAGCAUCAUCAUCAGCAUAACCAACUGUGCAACCAGUGUCUAUGCUGGGUUUGUUAUUUUUUCUAUCCUGGGCUUUAUGGCACACCACCUUAACGUGCCUGUGUCAGAGGUAGCUGACCAUGGCCCAGGACUGGCCUUUGUGGCUUACCCAGAAGCCCUCACUCUGCUCCCCAUUUCUCCACUUUGGUCGCUUCUUUUCUUCUUCAUGUUAAUCCUCCUGGGACUGGGGACUCAGUUCUGUUUGUUGGAGACGCUGGUGACAGCCAUUGUUGAUGAGAUUGGCACCGACUGGAUCAUCAGGAAUAAGACUGUAGUUACGCUGGGUGUGGCUGUUGUUGGAUUCCUUCUGGGAGUUCCACUAACAACUCAGGCAGGAAUCUACUGGUUGCUACUGAUGGAUAACUAUGCUGCUAGUUUCUCUCUAGUCAUCAUCUCCUGCAUUAUGUGUGUCUGCGUCAUGUAUGUUUAUGGUCACCAAAACUACUUUAAAGAUGUUGAGAUGAUGUUGGGCUUCCCACCCCCACUCUUCUUCAAAGUCUGUUGGAGGUUCAUCUCCCCAGUCAUUAUCUCAUUCAUCCUGAUCUUCACAGUGAUCCAGUACAAGCCUAUCACCUAUAAUGACUACAUAUAUCCCGGUUGGUCUCUGGCUAUUGGCUUCUUAAUGGCGCUUUCCUCCGUGAUCUGCAUACCCAUCUAUGCCUUCUACAAGAUCUCGAGGUCCCCAGGAGCCACCUUUAGAGAGCGGUUGAAGCAUGCAUGCAAGGCACAUGCAAAGUGGGGCCCAGCCCUGCGAGAGCAUCGCACCGGCCGCUAUGCCCCUCCAGCCUCUGAAGACAGAGCGGAGGCUCGUCCUUUCAAGGAGAAGGACGAUCUGAAGGAGGAGCUGCGGGAGGAGGAGAACGAGAGGAAGGAUGACAUCAGCCUCACCAUCCAGGGAAGGAACGGCUCCACCAACACACACAACAACCCGAACCCGAGUGCAUAGAUGGCAUCCCACUUUAUCACCCACUACUGACACCAUCUUCCCCUUGUCCCCUCUCCUUCCUUCUCCACUACGUGCACCACACUUUCCCACAGUCCUCUGUGGGGAAGAUCCCUUUCUACUGGAGACCUUUACAUAUUGUAAAGGCUUAUUAUAUCCAUCCUAACCUCUGCUAGUUACCUGUGUUGUAUCUUUAAGAAACAACAAAAAAACAAGGCACAAGAAAAAGAAUAAAUUGGGUCACUGUCCAGAAGAUUUAGUUUAUGUGCGUGCGCGGUUUGUAAAUGUGUUGCACAUAAUUUAAUAUACCAGUUUGUUUUUCCUUACAAUUGUUUGUAAAAACAUGUUUAUGCAAUAUUCAUGCAGUUGAAGGUAUAGUAGAUUGUAAGACUUGCUCUGUGGGGCUUGCAGCAGCACAGAAGCACACGCCUGUCAUCUUAUUAUGGACCUGCUGAUUCAGGUUUCCUCAGCGAGAAAGCACACAAUUAAAACCACUAAUUUACACUGGGGCAUUAAUUAUAUGCAUAUUAUAAUACGGUGACUUUACACAAAGUUGAUUUGAAAAACUAGUCCUUGCUGUUAUUCUCCUGAUUUAGGAUGCUUCUUUUAAUGACAACAGUACACUGAGCACAAACAGAAGCUUCCAAUAUAGUCAUUGAAAAGAUGUUGCUUGGAUUAUAACACACAAUAAUUCCCCAUACAGAAAUACUAGGUCCAUUCUCAGGUUCCAUUUCAACUUUGUGAUUUGCCUGGGAAAACCUUGUAUUGAUGAUGAAAAAUAUGGUAUUAUAAAAUGUAUCAUAUCAGACAACACAUGUAUACACACACACACACACGUGUGCACUUGUUGGAUUUGACUGUGAACAGUAUUAGAAGUAUUAAGAAGUUACAAUUCUUUGUUAGUCUUCCAGCAAUCCUUUUUCUCUAAAAUGCAAUUUUGAAAUGUGCAUGAGGGAGAAUAUUGAGCGGACGAGUUAACCAGUGAAGGCAUCACUGGUUUAUAUCUUGUCUUAUUUUGUGUGGUUGUAGCAGUCCACCUCAUUUGGUGUGUUCUGAGGCUGUGAUGUGAUCUUUCAAGCAAAACAAAAUGGCAGCUUGUUUCCAGAACAGCACCAACUUUUUUUUUUUUUUUAUCAAAAAUGUGAAAUGUAGUUAUAUAGUUUUGUACUACAAUUAUCAUUUGGUCAUCUCACUAUUGUAAGUGUCAAUCAUUAGUAAGACCUUUUUUUUUUCUUUUACAAAAAAUAAAAACUUGAAUCAGAAUCUUAAAUAGUCAUCAGUUACAACUUAUUUUGGGAACUUGUAAGAGAGAACAAUGGAUGGUGAUGACUUAGGUCUGGCACAAUCCAGCACAAAACUACAAUACCAGUAAUGUUAUACAUUGUUGUUCUUUAUUUUCAUAAUUGUUUUUAUUGAACACCUGAAAGUACAUGUGCUGAUUUACGUGUUUGGCAUUUUGCAGAGCCACAAUGCUAUACGUAAAGAAUGAAUAUGUAUAUUAUACAAUACAGUAUAUUGCACACUAAAAAGAUUUGAGGAAUAAAAUAGUGUAACAGUUUAAUUUGUUUAUUCAUGGACAUCGAACACGUAAACUCGUGUCCCGAGCCAAUAAGUACAAAGUAGUCGUACUAGAAAAUGCCUAAGGAUUUCAGCACAUUUAUUUGACCACAUCUAUUUUGCUCUGUUUUUAAUCAUUUGCUAAUGAAAAAGUGUUCCUCAUGAAAUAAAUGUACUUCUUUGUAGAUUAUAGAUGAAACAGUGCAGUAGCUCAUUUUAUCCACAAGAUGGGCCUAAAUUGAAAUGCACAUCAGUGAAAGCACAGAUGGACUGGCAAGAUAUGUAGGUACAAAACAAGCACACUUUUUUUUUUCUCCCUAUGCGGUUUUUAAAUAGGUUUUCACAAAAUAGACGCUGCUUAAUUGAAACCACCAGGCUAAUUAUUAUUUCCAUUAGACUAGUGAGACUCGAAGAGAGAGAUCUCUUUAUUUAAGUUCUUAGGCUACAUUAUGUAUUUUGUUUGGGGACUAUUUUAAUUGAAUCAUUGAAAACGGAUGAAUCAUUUUUUUGGAGGAAAUGUGUUCAUCAAAUUAUAAUGUUAUAUUUUUCCCAGUGUUUGUUUGGGUCAACCAUAGUUCAAAUUAUUUCUGUGUCACUGCUAUUAGAAGUAAAACAUGUUUUCAUAUUAUCUCUAUGAAUGCCCUCUCUAUCUCUGGUGACCCACAACUUGUUUGACCUUUAUAAAGAAAUGUACAAAUUAUAUAAAUGAUUGUGUGUGUGAGUGCUUGCGUGUGUGUUGAGGGGGCGGGGGGUCUUCAGUGUGAGGUGGGUGAGUUAUGAGUUGUUUCCUUUAGAUUUGCCAUUUCUAGUUGUUUAAUGUAGAUGUCAUGUGUACUGUGUACUGCAUGUAGUGAUUAGCUUUACUGCUGAGUCUGCAUGUAGAGCAGACGUAGUGUUAAUGUCAAUGUAUCUCUAGUCUUGACUCUUUUAUGGAUAAUUAUAUAGAGCCCAUCUUUUAAAACAAUUUUGUACUAAACAGAAGAAAUCUACUUAUUUUAUUGUUUUUUUCUUUGUUAUUGUUUUAUUUGAAAACUAUAUACUCAGAAAACACAAGAUAUAGCCAGCUGAUAUUAUACGAGUAUUGCCAAACAAAAAGCUAUGGAUUGAAACUUGAACAACAGAUAAAAAGGUCAGUUUGUACAGUGAGUGAGCUCGGGUAUGGACAGUGGUGGCAGCAACAUAACUUUGGUUUUUUUGUGUGUGUGUUUGUUUGUUUGUUUGUGUGUUUGUUUGUUUCUUUGUUUGUGUGUUUGUCACAUGUGGUUUAAUCUUAAUAGAGACAGUGGCUACUAAUUCACAUUAAUCCUAAACAUUCAACAUGUUAAAACCUGAACAAAACAAGCACCAAAUAAUAAUAAUUAUACUCCUAGUAAUUUUAACAGUUGUAUUUGAUUGAUGAAGAAUGAUUCCACAGAUUUCAGGACCCAUUUUUCAUUUUACAAUCUGUGGUAUAUUCUGCAUGAGGUAUCUUUAAUACUAUGCUUCCACGCUGCACUAACUUUUAAUGUAAAAAUAAGAACAAGCACAUUGGGGUUCAAACUGUUGCAACAUCUUAAACAUUUUCUCUUGAAUUUGCCACUGAUCCAAUGUUUAUUUCAUCUAAUAUUACUUUAAAUAGACAUUUUUUUUGCAAGCAACCAGAGGAUGCGUGCUUUUUUAUGAAUGCACAUUUCCAUGUUGGGAAAAAAAACAUUCCUGUGGUCCUACUAAAAGAAAUGGUCAAAGUGUAGUUUGUGAACUUCUAUGUUGUUACCAUGAGCAAAAUGUCACAUGGUAGAACUUGAGAGGAAAUACAAAGGUGAAAAGAGCACAGUUCUUUUGGUACCUUGUAUCAUAUCUCUAACUGUAUCUGUUCUUCUUCUUCUUCAAUGUUUAGGGUCCAAAUACAGUCUUGUCUUGUCAGCUGUAUAUUGUAAAACUGUUAAAUUACAUUCAAAAAUAAAAUUUAUUUUAAAGAUCAAUAAUGUUAUUGUGACUCACCUGUUGAAUUGAAAAUGACGGGUGACGU